CGUCGGUACAGAAAGGAGAUUCUCAGGAAAGAAUGAUGAAUGUGAAGCAAGAGUGAGCUGCUGCGCUGAUGAAAAUGAGAGUAAUCCACUCAAAGCAUUGUUUAGCUUUAUCUUCAAAUCGCCAUUAGUAUUACUUUUUAGUACACCAACUCUUUCUGUUGUGUUGUAUUUAUGAUUGUGGCUUGCGCUACUUGUACUUGACCACCACCACGCGCGAAGCCCUUAAAAGUAAUGGGCGGCAGAACUGAACAUGUUGAACUUGAAGCUGGAGCAGCUACAACGCCGGGCGAGUUAGAUCAACAUGACGAUCGUUUUGUGGUUUGGCUCUUGCCGGAAGAACGCACAGAGCGUUUGAUUCAAUCGGAAAUAAUAGACGUUUUCGCUGCGGCAACCGGCAUGCCAAGGUUUCAGCCCCACGUGACCGUUUGCGGUGGAACGCGAGGGCUUCGGGAGAGUGAUGCCAUCGAGAGAGUAGCACAGGUCGUGCAGACAUUCAAGACGUGGCGCAGCAACUCCUCGGAUACUAAUGCAGUAGAGGGCCCGGUUGGAGAUGAAGACAGAGGUUCAGGGGGCUCUACUAGUAGCGCUCCCAUAUUAAUACCCUUCACCGCGGUCCGAUCGGAGCGCAAUUUCUGGGCGCAGGACCUGUACCUAGAGGUGGCGCGCAGCCCUGAGUUGGUUUUUCUGUGCAAGGAGCUACAACGCAGCUUGCUGGGCGGUGGUCUUGUUCAACAAGAACGUCAGCCCAGUAAUCACACCGACGAGGAGCUCCUUCUAUUCGCGCCUCCGUGCCGAGUGCCGCACAUGAGUCUGCUCUAUCAGAAAGACGGCCACGAUCCGAGCGUUGACACCGCAGCGGAACAGCGGUACGCUAAUAUGCGAAAAGCGGUGGAAAUCAUGCUGGAUAGCAACCCAAAAUUGCGAGGAGAAACAACCGCCGAUCGGAUUGCGCUGAUGCAAAUCGGCGGCCGCGGCAUUUCGCCAAAGUGCGGCUGGGAGAGCAUUCCAUAUUGGAGACUCGUGCAAAGCUGGCAUCUCGGUCAAGUAGAGGUGGCGCGACAAGGACAGGCAGAGACUCCUGCAAGUGCUGCAGCAAGAACAUGAGUCUUUUGUAGUUUUUGAGAAAAUCCUCACCCGAAUUUAUUUAUUAGUUGGAGUACUUGCUAAAGUAAAACUUUAGUUGUGUGUCUACCUAGUAGGUCUUCUCGAAAUGGUUUUCAUUCUCGUUUCUGCAAGUCAGCGUUGGCUAU